GUCUCAGAUGUUUCGUUUUGAAUUAUUGACGAUGCAACCAUUUUUGAAACACUCUUUUCUUCUUUUCAACUUCAACUCUUAAGACUUGAUAACGAUUUUCAUUUUAUUAUUCUUGCAUGAUAUUAUACCUUUUUACCUUAGACUCUUCGGAAGUUUAAGAGGCUCCUUGCUGGUCAAGUAGCAUCAUAAUAUUCUCAAGCCAAGACCCGUCACUUACUAGUAAUCCCACGUGUCGCCAUGGAUCAAGAUCUAUCCUUGCUGUCGACAUUCAAUGUCGAUGCCGGCGGCAUGUUUCUCUUAAUGGUUACUAUAUGUGCCUUCUUAAUACCGGUAGUUGUGAUUUUGCCCCCAGUCGGGCUACAAAAGAGCGAUGCGCUAGUUCAGACACACACAAAGGCCGGAGUUGAAGGAGCAAGGAGCAACUUAAAGAAACAAUUCUCAGCCGAACAUGGGCCGGUAGCUGGCGAGCCAGCGAAGGUCCGGAGCUUGGUCAUCUACCCAGUCAAAUCAUGCAAGGGUAUCGAAUUGACGAGGAGCAAAGUAUUCCCGACGGGGCUCCAGUUCGACCGCCUGUUCACGUUCGCUCAGCUCAAGAGCCCUUUUCCUGUGGCUGUGGAUUCGACGGAUGAGGAGAAAUCAAAGCACAAAUGGGAAUUCAUCACGCAACGACAGUUCGCUAGGCUGGCUAAUGUCACCGUCGAUCUUUGGUUACCGGAUGAGAUGAAACUACGCAAGCAGUCAAUGAAAUCCACCGAGGCGUUCCUAAUCCUCCGGUUCCCCUGGAAAGAGGACGGAUGGCGCGGAAUCUGGUCGACUAUCACAGCCAAGCUCAAUAGAGGCCGUGCUGCUGAGCCAGAGGUAGAAAUACUGUUACCGGUAGACUUUCCAUCGGAAGCCGAGAUUAAGGAGAACGGCUUCACGUUCGAGGAUGUCAAGAUCUGGAAAGACACGAUCAACGCCCUGAACAUGGAGAAGGAAUUGCCUAAAGAAUUGCAACGUUACUUAGGCGUCAGCAACAAGCUCGGCCUAUUUCGGCUUGACCCGGCUUCCUUACGUGAAGUUUAUCGGUGUGCUCCGACCAAGGAAGAUGCGGGCUACCAACCCGUUACGGGCUUCCAGGAUGCUUAUCCCCUCCAUUUAGUGAAUCUGAGCAGCGUUCAACAGUUCAGCUCAGAAGUACCUAAAGAUGAGAACCUCAAGGAGCUCGACGUUAUCAGAUUCCGACCGAACAUCAUUGGUGAGUCCCAACUAACUACAUCGGGAUACCACCCUGUCUCCGGCGCCCCGGUUUAUGAUGAGGAGACGUGGAAGCAGGUUCGGUUCAAGCCGGGAAACUCAGGCCUGUAUAAUGACGCCGUGUUCCACGUUUCGUGCAGGACGGUUAGAUGCAAAAUGCCCAAUGUCGACCCAGCCACCGGUUUCCGCCAUCCGAGCGAACCUGACAAAUCGCUCAGAGGAAAGCGAGCCGUGGACGAAGGGGCGCCGCUGAACGGCUGUCUGGGCAUGCAGCUUACCCCUCUAUUCGACGCCAGCCUAGGUGAAGAUCGCGAAGCUUGGAUCGCAGUUGGCAUGACCCUCGAAGUCGAAGAAAGGGGAGAGCAUGUGUAUAUCAAACAGUAGUGGGAACCACUCGUGUCUCUUUUACCAUCUUAAUGUAUAAAUACCUACCUUGUAACAAAUAGAAAAACUGGGAGUGGCUAGUGUAAGAAAGAUAGCAACACUUAGAAGCUAGAAGUGUAUCAAUCCGUUCAAUACCCCCAUGUAAAA